AUGGACACCAAUACAAAGCUUGAUAAUGCAUUUGGAAUUGAUGUGGGUAAAAAAUUUAUACUUGGCGGCUCUUAUGGACUUCAGAAGGCUCUUUAUUAUGUGGGAAAGGUGAACAAAUUGCCAAACUGUGAUGACAACAUUAAGGGGAUAAUUAAAAGCAAGCUCGAGAAGAUAAAAACCAUGCUUAAUGAUUCUGGCGCGAAAAUUCCCAUUAAUGCUUCUAUUCGGACUUCAGUUGCAGUGCAAGAUGAGAUCACAAAGAAUGUUACACGUAUUGACGCCUAUGUUAAACACGGAAACGGUGGAAAAGCCAGCAAUGAGGUGGAUUCCGACUCGCAAUCAGUUGAAGUGGUUGAAAAACCACCAAAGAAAAAGUCCAAAAGGUCAGAAAAUCAGCCUCAGAAGAAGUUAAAGGGCACUCGUGAAGAUGCCUCCCAACAAAACUCUCUCUAG